AUGGCUUCUGGAAUACAAAAUGAAAAGAAAAUUGUGUCUAUUAGUGAAAUAGGGAAGGGGAUGAAAUUAUGCACUAUUGAGGUUCGAAUUAUUAGGGUUUGGGAGAGGCCUAAUUUCAAAAAUCAACUUGAAGCUGAAAGUAUUGAAACGGUCUUGAUGGAUUUAGAGGGAAGUAAGAUUCAAGCUAGCUGUCGAAAAGGCCUAAUAAUACAAUUUAUGCCAAAAAUUAAGGAGGGGGAACUUAGACAAUUCUCUAAUUUCUUAGUUCGUGAAAAUGGUGCUAUGGAAAAGUCAACGACACACAAUUGUGUAUUAUCUCUUAAAUACGGAUCAUGCAUAGAGGAAUGUCGAGUUCUUGAUAUUCCAAAAUUUGGAUUUACAUUUGCUAAAUUUGAAGAUAUUAUAUCAAAGCGGUUACCGGACAUGUAUUAUAUUGAUAUCAUUGGACAACUGACGGGGUACAGUGGAAUAACUGAAACUAUUAAAUCCCGAAUGAGGACUAUUGAGUUGGUUGAUACAUGCUUUUCUUCAAGUGGUGAACAAAAGAGUGGACAAUUGACACAAUUAUCUAAUGACACAAAUGACUUUCUAAAGGAGGAAUCAAUCAAGGAUAUUUCUGAUCUACUUGAGAUGAAUAAGGCUGGAAUAUGUGUUAGCUUGGCAAAUAUUGAAGAUAUUGAUAUUCAAUAUAGUUGGUACUAUGAUGCUUGCAAAAGAUGUAAUAGUGGAUUGGUUAGAGAAGGAGAUGUAACUGAUGUAGGAAGGACAAUCAUGUUCAAGAUCAAGUUCAUCGUAUCAGACAAGAUUGCCGAUGCUUCGUUCUUAAUGUUUGAUAAAGAAGUAUACAAGUUGGUUGGUAAGACGGCCAAAGAGAUACUAGACUUGCAAGACAAGGAUGCUGAUGAAACAACAUUUCCCGAGGAUUUCAAGUUUUUGCUUGGUAAAAGAUUUUUGUUUAAAGUUAAGGUUCCAGAUAACAAUGCCAUAGAUGAUAAUUUUUCCUACACCGUUAUAAGCACAACUAAUGAGCAAAGUGUGAUUGACAAGUGGAUGAGACUUUACAUAAAGAUUGAGCAUGACUUAUAUAUGAAGAAGCAAAAUGAGGCGGAAAGUGUCAAAGAUGGUGGAGAAGAGAAGGAAUCUAUAAAUUCUGAAGGUGAAUCAUCGGCUUCUCAAAUAACACCACAAAAACGACUUAUCAAGUUGGAAAAAAAUGGAGAGAAUAAUAAUGACAAGUCUCCACUUGAAAUGCAAGAAUCUACUACAAAGAAGCUUAAGGCCAUUGAAGAGUAG